AGAUUCCAAUGUCUCAUGUACUCGAUCUAUUCCCUACGAAAAAUAUAAAAAACCUAAUCGGAUUCAAACUAAAUCACAAACUUGAUUUUGUCGGAUUAACGCUAUAUUUUCAAUCUCCCGGGGAAACAGUCUCGUUAGAGUACCACCAAAAAGGCGGACACACUUCUAUCACAUCUCACGAAAUUUACGAGAAACAACUUGUGCGAGAUUCGGAAUUUAUGUCAGUGGUUUGUAAGAGUCUGAAAGUCUUUUUGAAAAGUUCCCUAUUAAUAAAGAAAUUAGAUCUGGAAAUUAGUCAAUUGGAUUAUGAGGAAUUGGAUAAGCGAAUGUCAGCAAGCUCACAAUCAAUACAAUUCUACGAUUGGUUCAUUCAAUUUUUGAACAACCAUCGGACAGGGGGACUGAAGCCCAAACUGAUUUCUCUGCUGGGAUUCACAGGCUAUCAAGCUCUUUCAAUUUUUCGACACAUAAGUUCAAACCACCUAGAAAUAAUCAACUUGAAUUUCCGAAAAGAGGAUACAGAGAUAGAAGAACAUUUCCAAGAAAUUGUAAAAAUGAAGCAAUGGAAGCAUGCAAAGUAUUUGCACCUUGAGGAAUGCUGCACAUCCAUCGAGAACGUCCUACAUUUUCAAGGAGCAAAUUUCAAAGUUGAUGUGAUAUCUAUUGAUGAUUUGCAAUUGAUGAAAGAGCUAUCAACACAUAGUGCAACUUUGAAAUAUUUCAAUAUUUCUUUCAAUAACGCCGCGGACUCAAUAACUGAUGAAAGUUUGACAGGUCUAUUUGGAAGCCCUAAGAAGCAUUCAUUGUUUUCAUGGGAAUGGAGCAUUGAUGGGAAAAUUGAAUGCUCCUUUUCAGAGUUCGAUAAAAAGUUUUCCAUAUAUUGCCCAAAAGCUUGUGAAGAAUUACGAAAUGUACAGAGCAGUAAAGAAUUGGAAUGCACCUCGCUUUGCACAUCAGAACUUUCAAUUAAGGUCCUGCAUAAUGGAUUGCUCAUGAAAAAUAUUCUAAGCCAUCUUGGGAGGCUUGAUAUCUGCCGCCUUCGAAGAACUUCGCGUGGAGUUCAAAAGUGCGUUGACAUUAUCAAACCUGACGCAGAGAUAAUUGCGAUUGAAAUUAAUUUGAUCAACGUUGAAAACGUAUCAGUCAGCAUAUUCGAUAACGCAGGAAUCAAAAAAGCGACUUACGAACCUAUUGAUCUUACGACCAGUUAUCAAGAUCACGUUUCAAAAGUGAUACAAAAAGUGGAGAAACAUCGGAAUGGAUUGGUUGAAAGAGAGUUGUGCUCCGUGAAUAAUCGUUGGCAACUAGGCUUCAGCCUCUCCAAGUUUGCUGAUGAUUUGAAAUUAAACAUGAUUGCUCAAAAAUCUGAAAUUCAAGGAGUUCGGCUGGAUUUUUCUCUUACAAAAGCAAAUUCGCGACCAGGCUCCAAUAAGGAACAUGUCCUGCUUUUCAGGCUAGCUGUUGCACAGUUGUUGGACGUUAUUUCUACAACUCUACAACAACUGGACAACCAAAUUCCUGUGAAAAAAUUGAGCAUUCAAGUAUUGAAUCAAGAAACCUUAAUACAACUGCUAUCACUAUUGAGGCCCUCAUCGCUGAAAACUAUAGAGAUUAGAAAGCUGAAAAAUGAUAUCAUUUCCAAAAAAUCGCUGAAACUAAAUGAAGCUGCACAGUUGGACCAAUGGAAGAAUGCAGAAGAUAUUUUGAUUGAGGUGCUGACAGCUCCUGGACAAAUUCAAUAUUUUUUGCAUUUCGUGAAUACAGAGAUCAAUUUGAUGGCAAUUUCAAUGCGAGAUAUAUUUGAUUUGAAACAUACAUUCCUCCAAUCAACUACAUUCAAGAAAUUCAAGGCUUCUUUCGAUAAUAGUGAUAUUGACGAUCAAAUCUAUGAUGAACAAUUUUUGGGAUUUCCCUAUAAACGACCUGAAAAUCCAUCGACAAAUGAACCGAGUGUUUGGUUUUUGAGAAUGUCGGCUUCUACUGAUGUUCUUCAUAUUUUAUAUUAUGAACACCGAAAAUGGAUUACAUUUUCCCGGGUAGCAAAUUUAUCGGUGCCCAGUGAUGCCUUGAUGUAAAAUUGUUACUGAAUAAACACAGCUAUACAUUACUUUGAAUAAAUAUGGAUU